CAACAGACAGCGCCCAAGAUAUUCAUAUUGACUACCUACUCAAGAUGGCGCCCGCCCAACCUGAGUUAAAGAAGUACCUCGACAAGCGACUGUUUGUCCAACUGAACGGCAGUCGCAAGGUUAUUGGCGUCCUCCGUGGCUACGAUGUGUUCUUGAACCUCGUGCUGGACGAAGCGGUGGAGGAGAAGGAGGGCGGCGAGAAAGUCCGAAUCGGCAUGGCCGUAAUCCGUGGCAACUCCGUGGUCAUGCUUGAGGCGCUGGAACGAAUCGGCGGCGACGACCGAUCGCACCACCGAUAAACGACGACGAUGGGACGGACGAGAGGAGGAUGGAAGUUUAAGAUGCUUGCUUGGCGUUUGUGGUCGGAAAUGAGACAUGUCCAUGAGACUAUUCAUUCAGGUCUAUCUUGCUAGAUACUACCUAGGAAAGGGAAUACCCUCAGACCGGUCCCGACCAAAUCCUAUUUGCCCUGUUCUGCCCAGGUUUUCUCGUCGUAUGAGU